AUGGAGCUGCGCUACAGCGAGCACGAGCGCCGCGAGAAGAAGAAGCGCGACGCGUCCGUCAUCGAGCGCCGGUCAAAGGCCUCGCUCGACAAGCGCGCCCCGAGCGGCAACGUCCCGCUCACCGACUACUUCAGCGGCGGCAACGACGCGGCCUACUUUGGCGGCAUCAGCAUCGGCACGCCCGCGCAGAGCUUCGAGGUCAUCUUUGACACGGGCUCGGCCGACCUGUGGGUCCCGUCGUCCAAGUCGUCGACGUCGCACGACAAGUUCCGCGACUCGGCCUCGUCGUCGCUCGAGUCGUCGUCGGCCGAGUGGGACAUCACGUACGGCACGGGCUCGAGCGAGGGCUACCUCGCGCGCGACGUCGUCAGCGCCGGUGGCUACACGGUCCAGCAGCAGAUCUUUGCGCUCGCCGACACGUCGGCCCCGGUCGUCGAGGCGCUCCCGAGCGACGGCAUCUGCGGCAUGGCCUUCUCGACGAUCGCGACCUCGGGCGCGCCCACCUUCCUCGAGAACCUCAUCACGGCCGACUCGAUCUCGCAGCCCCAGGUCGGCUUCUACCUGCAGCGCGCCAAGGACCUCACGAGCCAGUCGCGCGGCACGGUCGGCGGCGGCGAGAUGUGCGUCGGGUGCGCCGACGCGAGCAAGUACACGGGCUCGCUCUCGUGGAACGCCGUCACGGCCCAGUCGUACUGGGAGGUCGAGUCGGACGGCGUCGCCGUCGACGGCAACGUCGUGUCGGGCACCAACAUGGCCGUCGCGCUCGACACGGGCACGACCCUCAUUUACGUCCCGACCUCGGUCGCCUCGGCGCUCUACUCGCAGCUCGGCGGCACGCCGCUCAAGGGCUCGUCGGGCGAGUACACGGUGCCGUGCGUCGCCACGUUCGGUACGAUCGGCCUCUCGUUUGGCGGCGUCGUGUACAACAUCCCGCUCGAGGACAUCUUCCUCGGGUACGCGAGCGCGUCCAACACGGAGCAGUGCGUGCUCGGCAUCAUCGCCCAGGACAUGUACGACGCCGAGGGCAACUCGGUCGCCAUCGUCGGCGGCCUGUUCCUCAAGGCCGUCUACUCGGUCUACACCUACUCGCACAACGGCUCGCCCGCCGUCGGCCUCGCGCCCUCGAUCACGUCGGGCGUCUCGUCCUCGGGCUCGGCGUCGUCGUCGUCGUCGUCGCAGGCCUCGUCGUCGUCGUCCGGGUCGGGCACCGCCUCGUCGGGCAGCGCCUCGUCCGGGUCCGCCUCGGGCUCGUCCGGCGCGUCCUCGGGCUCGUCCUCGGGUGGCUCGUCGGCCGGCGCGUUCGCCUACUCGGCUUCGGCCGUCGCCCAGGUCACCGACGACCCAGGCGUCGCCACCUCGAUCGCGACCUACGACGCCUCGUCGGCCGCCGCUCGCGCCUCGUCGGUUGCCGCGGCAGCGGCAGCGUCCGACGCGUCCGUCGCCGCCGCAGCAGGGUCGUCGCUCGCGAGUGCGGCAUCGUCCUCGAGUGCGGCAGCCGCAGCCGGCUUCACCUUUACCGUCUUCUCGACGGCCGCGGUCGCGACCUCGACGGCCGGCGUCACCUCGGCCUCGACCACCUCGCCGUCGACCGACGCGGCGGCCGCAGCUGCCAGUGCCGACUCGGCGGCGGCUGCCUCGUCGACGAGCGGUGCGGCGACGUUGGCGCGUGCGGCUGGAUCCGCGUUCGCCGUCGUCGGCGCCGUCGUCGUCGGUGGAGCCCUGGCGCUGGUCGUCUAG